UCCUCUUUUUCCAAAAGAACGAAGGCAGAGGGUAUAGGGUUGAUUGAGCAGGCAGGCAGCUGGUACCGACACAGAACCAAGCUGGACUCUGGGUGGAGGCUGUUCUGUCAUGAGGUUGGCUGUGCUCUUCUCUGGGGCCUUGCUGGGUCUACUAGCAGCCCAGGGGACAGGGAAUGACUGUCCUCAUAAAAAAUCGGCCACUCUGCUGCCAUCCUUCACGGUGACACCUACAGCUACAGAAAGCACAACAAGCCCUGGAACAACCAGCCCUGGAACAACCAGCCACAGAACGACCAAGAGCCACAGAACGACCACUUACACGGCUACCACCACUCAUAAAACUACCACCACGGGCACCACCAGCCACGAGUCUUCAACAGCCACUCACCAUCCUGCUACCACCACCAGUCACGGAAAUGCCACAGUUCAUCCAACGAGCAACAGCACUGCCACCAGCCCAGGACCCUCCACCAGAUCCCCCCGCCCAGGACCACCUCCACCCUCUCCAAGUCCUAGCCCAGGCUCCAAGGAGGCGAUAGGAGACUACAUUUGGACUAAUGGUUCCCAGCCCUGCGUCCGGCUCCAAGCCCAGAUUCAGAUUCGAGUUCUGUACCCAACCCAGGAUGGAGGAGAGGCCUGGGGAAUCUCUGUUCUGAACCCCAACAAAACCAAGGCCCAAGGGGGCUGUGAGAGUAAUCAUCCCCACUUGCUCCUCUCAUUCCCCUAUGGACAGCUCAGCUUUGGAUUCAAGCAGGAGCCACUGCAGAGCACCGUCUACCUGAACCAUGUGACUGUGGAGUACAACGUGUCCUUCCCCCAGGCAUCACAGUGGAUAUUCUCUGUUCAGAAUUCAUCCCUUCGAGAUCUCCAAACCCCUCUGGGCCAGAGCUUCAGUUGCAGAAACGCAAGCGUCAUUCUUUCACCAGCUUUCCACCUGGACCUGCUCUCCCUGAAGCUACAAGCUGCUCAGCUGCCCCCCACAGGGGCCUUUGGACCAAGUUUCUCUUGCCCCAGUGACCGAUCCAUCUUGCUGCCUCUCAUCAUUGGCCUGAUCUUACUCGGCCUCCUCACCCUGGUGCUUGUUACCUUCUGCAUCGUCCGGAGACGCCCACCCACUUACCAGCCCCUCUGAGCAUUUGUCCCAACAGCCAGGGCACCAGGAGGUGCCCUCAUUUCUCACCACGCAACUGACUCAGAGACAAAGUUAUCUUCCUUCCCUGUCUUGAUGAACAAAAGUCGAGAUAAUGCAAUCGGGAGGAAUGAGGAGAGAGCUGUUUACUAAAUAUGACUGAUUCCCCCUCCCCCAUCUCCAGUGGGAGAAUAAUAAAACUUGA